AGAGAAGGCGGCCCCCCUCUCUCGGCCCGGCCAUCUUGUGGGAAGAGCUGAAGCAGGCGCUUUUGGCUCGGCGCGGUCCGCUGCAAUCCGUGGAGGAACGCGCCGCCGAGCCACCAUCAUGCCUGGGCACCUACAGGAAGGCUUCGGCUGCGUGGUCACCAACCGAUUCGACCAGCUAUUUGACGACGAAUCGGACCCUUUCGAGGUACUGAAGGCAGCAGAGAACAAGAAAAAAGAAGCCGGCGGGGGCGGCGUUGGGGGCCCCGGGGCCAAGAGCGCGGCUCAGGCCGCGGCCCAGACCAACUCCAACGCGGCGGGCAAACAGUUGCGUAAAGAGUCCCAGAAAGACCGCAAGAACCCGCUGCCCCCCAGCGUCGGCGUGGCCGACAAAAAGGAGGAGACGCAGCCGCCGGUGGCGCUUAAGAAAGAAGGAAUAAGGCGAGUUGGAAGAAGACCCGAUCAACAACUACAGGGUGAUGGGAAACUAAUUGAUAGGAGAGCAGAAAGGCGACCACCCCGUGAAAGAAGAUUUGAAAAGCCACUUGAAGAAAAAGGUGAAGGAGGUGAAUUUUCAGUUGAUAGACCGAUUAUCGAACGGCCUAUCCGAGGCCGAGGUGGUCUUGGAAGGGGUCGAGGAGGCCGUGGACGUGGAAUGGGCCGAGGCGAUGGAUUUGAUUCUCGUGGCAAGCGUGAAUUUGAUAGGCAUAGUGGAAGUGAUAGAUCUUCUUUUUCACAUUACAGUGGCCUGAAGCAUGAGGACAAACGCGGAGGUAGCGGCUCUCACAACUGGGGAACUGUCAAAGAUGAAUUAACAGAGUCACCCAAAUACAUUCAGAAACAAAUAUCUUAUAAUUGCAGUGAUUUGGAUCAAUCAAAUGUGACUGAGGAAACACCUGAAGGUGAAGAGCACCCUGUGGCAGAUACUGAAAAUAAGGAGAACGAAGUUGAAGAGGUUAAGGAAGAGGGUCCAAAAGAGAUGACUCUGGAUGAGUGGAAAGCUAUUCAAAAUAAAGACCGAGCAAAAGUAGAAUUUAAUAUCCGAAAACCAAAUGAAGGCGCCGAUGGACAAUGGAAAAAGGGAUUUGUUCUGCAUAAAUCAAAAAGUGAAGAGGCUCAUGCUGAAGAUUCAGUUAUGGACCAUCAUUUCCGGAAGCCAGCAAAUGAUAUAACAUCUCAACUGGAGAUCAAUUUUGGAGACUUAGGCCGCCCAGGACGUGGUGGCAGAGGAGGACGUGGUGGGCGUGGGCGUGGUGGACGUCCAAACCGUGGCAGCAGGACUGAUAAGUCAAGUGCUUCUGCUCCUGAUGUAGAUGACCCAGAGGCCUUCCCAGCUCUGGCCUAACUGGAUGCCAUAAUACAACACUGGUUCCUUUGUGGACCCUCCUGUUCAAAGCUUUUGCAUGCUUAAGGAUCCCAAACAACUAAGAAUUAAAAAAAAAAAAAAAAAAAAAGGACUGUCAUUCAUACCAUUCACACCUAAAGACUGAAUUUUAUCUGUUUUGAAAACGAACUUCUCUAGCUACACAGAAGUAACAAAAUAUGUUAGUCAGUUUUGUAUUUAGAAAUGUAUUGGUAGCAGGGAUGUUUUCAUAAUUUUCAGAGAAUAUGCAUUCUUCAUGAAUACUUUUGUAUUGCUGCUUGCAAAUAUGCAUUUCCAAACUUGAAAUAUAGGUGUGAACAGUGUGUACCAGUUUAAAGCUUUCACUUCAUUUGUGUUUUUUAAUUAAGGAUUUAGAUGUUCCUUCAAUUACAAGCUGGUUUUAAAUAUUGGACAUAAUACUGGUUUUAAUACCUGCUUUUCAUUUUCACACAUGGUCAGCUGGGACAUGUAAACUUCUGACUUACAAGAUUUUCUGCUGUGUGGAAUACUAACCACUAUGUAUUUUAACUAUAUUUUCAUUUGGAAGUUGAAAAUUUUCUUUUCACAUCUUAUGAUAGCUAAUAUAUACUAAAUCUUUAUACAGAAAUGUCAGUACUUGAACAAAUUCAAAACAUUGGUUUAUUAACCUUUGGCUCAUGCAUGGUUUAUUAGGUUCCGAUUAUACCUGAUUCACCUAUAUUUACUUUUAAAAUGUAUGACUUCCUCAUUUUAAAAGUAAAACUAAACACAGCUUUUGGAACUUGUAAACUACUUAUUGUUCAUAGAUACAGCCUGUGUUCAGUGAAAUCGUUUUGUGGGUGUGGGUUUUAUCUUUCCUUGAACAAGAUGGGCAGAGUAAGUUAGUCAAUACCUAAUAGUUUAACUUGUAUAAAAUAAGAGGCUAGCCAUUUGGUAUUUGUGUAUGAAAGCCCCCAAAAUCAAAAUGUUUAUCCAUAGUCAACAAUCUAUUUGGUUUUAUAAAAACGAAAGGGCACGCAUUGGUAAGUGUGUUGGGAUGGAAAAGUAUCUUAAGUUUUAGUAUUUCAAAGCCAGCUUUAAUUUGGAACAGCACCACCAUCCAUAAAUUUCAAAACAAGUUAUCUUGUUUAUGAACUUAUAUGUUAUGAUUUGGUAUUGAGUUGUUAGUGUUACAUAUCAGUUUUCAUUUCCUCUACUAGAAAAUAGGUAAUUGAUAAAUUCUUUGAACAGAAGCAUCACUGCUUAUUAAAAAGUUAGAUAUAUAGAAUGAUUAAAAAUCCAGGUUUUCUAGGAUAUUUUUAUUCACAUAUAUUGAUUAAAUAGGGAAGGAAUUUUAUUCAAAGCUUUAAAGACUAGUCGUCAGUUUUUUUUUUUUUAAACCUCUGUUGUAAUUACAAAAAUACUGGAGAUCUUUUUUGCUAGUUAGGUGAUUGGUUUCAUGUACACAUCUAAAAGCUACUAUAUAGUAUAUUUACUCAAUGCAUUUAUUAAUCUUGUUGCCAGCAAGUCUGACAGCUUGGAAACAAGGGUUUUUUUGUUUUUUAAUAGACUUGAGCUGGUGGCUUACAUGUUCUGUAUUAGUGCUGCUUGAAGUUUUACAUGUUCAGAUCCCUGCUUUUCAGAGGCAAGGAUUAGUCCAUUUAGACUUGGUGACCCCUUUGAGAUUGUAGCAUAUGCUCCCUUAAGUCAGUAUGCUUAAACUUUAAAGUAUCUUACUUCUUAUUUUAAUAGUAAUAUCUUUACAGAUUUUUAGCAAUGUGUUGUAGAAAACACCUGCUCUUAGAAGCACAAGUUUUACUCACUGAGUCACUGUAAACAGAAAACACAGCAGCAUUUAUUUUAUUGCACAUUCAGAGUAAGCUGAAUAUGAAGGUGGUUAAUUCUGUCUGAUACCUGUGAAUUUCCUUUCAGAAUCACUUUAUGUCAAGAGCUAAACGUAAACUUUUUGUUGAAAAUAACAAUUUAUUUUCAUGCUCAUUUCCUAAAAGAUAAAAGCAAUCAAGUGGGAACCCCUUUAUAUGUUUCUUGGUUUCCCUUUUUCAUUAUCGUAAGAUAAUUCUUGUUUAAGAUUUUUGAAUGUUUAGAUAUCAUUAAGGUGAGGUUUUUAUUUGAUAAGUCUGCUGAGUCCUAUACUUGCUAGGAUACCUAUCUUGAUUUUCAAGAGUGGGUAUAAUGGCUUGAAUGCUGUUAAAGGUAAACGGCAUCAGUUGGAAUUUGUGGGACAUUUCCAGGUGGGCUAAAGGGAGGGUAUAGUUCUUAGUUGAAUACUAUUUGGGGUUGCUGGGAGAUCUUGAAUGUAAGAGCAGGUUCUAUAGUUCAUUUAUUCGCUUCAGGAUAUGUCAUUUGCAGAGUUGUGAAUGUAUUUGGUUUAUUUUUGGUAUGGGUUUGCAGAGAGAUGACUGUGCAUUCCUUCUGAUUGUUAUUUUUAUAAUUACUAGAGAUGACUGAAAUAGAAAAAAAGUGUUGUACUGAGUUUGCAAGUGGAGUGUAAGUAUUUUGUGUUGAAAUUUAAAAAAAUAUCUUAAGAGCAUUAGCAGGUGGAAGAAACCAGGUGUUAAAAAUUAAUAAUGCAAAGCUACAUGAACCUUACUGAUGUUGACCUUAAAGGUAAGACAUUUUAGGCAUAUCUGUGGACAAACUGCCAGACAUUAGCUAAUUGGUAUAGUAUACCUAUGAUACAUGCAGUUUUGCUUCCCCCACCCUACUUUCUUGUACUGGGUAUUCAACCAGGGCCUUGCUCAUGCUGGGCAAGUUGCUUAACUAUAACCACAGUAAAGGAAAAGGUCCAGGAAAUAUAAUACCCCUAACCCCUGUAAUUGUAAAGAAGUUACUAUGUAAAUAUUAAACGAAAGUCAAAUCCCAUGUUAACUAAAGAACCAGAAACCAGACUGAGCAGCCUUAGUCAUUUUCUGCAGUGGCAAAACCAAUUGCCAGGUGAUUUGUGGGGUUUUGUUUGUUUUUGUUUUUUUUGUGUUUUUUUUUUUUUUUUUGGCUGAUUUGAAAUGCUAGGGAUUUGUGUGUCCUGGACACAUGUUCUGUCAUCAGACAUUCUUCCACUUGAAUUGUUGGGUUUUCUUGGGAUAAGUAGCUGCUGAAGUGUAAGUAGGUUUUGCUAGCUAUGUCCUGAUUUAAGAGCUCCUUUAAAAUAAAGAUUUAUUUACCUCUAUAUGCAUUAAAUCCUGCUACUCUUAAAGCAGUCCUGUCACUUUAAAGUGAGAUGUCUUUCAGGUAGCCAUUUAUCCAUAGUCAAAAAAGUAAGAGACAGUAUCUAGUAGUUUUAUUUUUUAAAAUUUUAGUGUGUGUUACUGUCUUUCUUUGUCUUUGAUCAUGUUACAAUACAGAUUAUCCCAUUAAGUUAGGAAGAGGACAAUGAUUACUUAGAACUGGGAUUAUAAUUCCAGCCCCUGAAUUUGCUAAUAUUAAACAAGAUAUUUUAGCUUAAAUUAUUUUGCACUGCAUUACUUGGCUUGUGUUUGCAGUUGUCAUUUCUAAAACUUAGUGCUAAUGUUGAGUAUUAAUUUUAUUUUCAUACACGGAAAUUAAAGUGGUCCAGGUUAAUUUGACUAGAGUAGUGUUAGGGAUUAAGUGUGCGUCUAGCCAGUGAGUACUAAAGGAGUGAGUACUAAAGGAGUGAGUACUAAGGGAGGUAGUUUUGUUGUUUUGUGUUGAAGAGAUGGAGCUCUUAGUAAUUCAGUAAUUUAGUAAUGAGUUCCAUAAAUAUGUUCAAGAUGAUGUAUGGUCUCUCCUGUUGCUACAUAAACAAGUAUAUGUCUCCAUGGUCAGUAUUGCAAGCUGGUUUCAAACUGGAUGUCUACAGCUUUGGUUUUCCGAGAGGGUUAUAGAUGGGGCAUUACCAUGUCUGGCAGCUUUUUUCCCAUAUUUUUCCUGAAUUCCAGAAUUUCUGGUAGUUUCAACUUGAUUUUAUAUACCUUUUAAGUAUAUUCCUUAUGUAUUCAUGGUUUACUUGGGUGCUAACAUCUAACAUAAAGUUAGAAAACUUUUGUUGUGUGGGAGACCUGUGUGUCCGCAUGGGGGAUGGAAUGGUGAAUCCAUAUUCUUAGCAGCUAGGUAAGAAUGUAUGUGCCUCACACUUUCAAAAGAAAGUGAGACUUGGUCACUAUAUUUUAAAAAAAAUCUAGAUUAAAUUUUUUAUUAGUAGUGAUAAGCCUAGCCUCCAUGUAUCUCAUAAAGAAUCUAGAUUAACUUUCUAUUAAUAGUGAUAGGCCUUAGUGAAAGGGUUGAUUAAGUCUGGUAUUUAAGUAAAUAAUGACCAGGGGUUUUGUUCCUUAUAUUUAGUUUUGGAGAUAGUUAUUAAAAAUAGAGUUCCAGUAUGUUUCUUACUGGCUGAGAACUUUUGUUAUAUAGACCACAACUAGGCUAGCCUCUAGCUCAUGAGUGCUGGGAUUAAAAGUAGGAGCCACUGCACUAGACUUUUUAUAGUGUUUUUAAACUAGUGAAAAUAUUCUUGAGUUUCAAGGUUUUUGAGAAGUUAAUGAGAAUCACUCUACCCUUUUUCUGAAAACAUACCCACUAAGUAUACUGUAUAAUGAAGAUAGAACUUUCAAUUACUUAUUCAUGGCACAAAAUUAAGACAUUAAUUUGGGUAGAAUUACGAGGUGAAAGUUUAUUCUCACAUAGUGUUUAACAGGCACUGCUAGGCUUGGUGGUACUUGAGGUUGAAUUUAAGGGUUAUAAUCUGAAGUCUUGUUAAAUAGCAUCAUCCUAUCUUAAAACCAGAUCUCUGCACAUUGAAAGAUAUAUCAGUGAAAUGUAGGUCUUUCGUGAAUUUAGCACACUUGUCUGGGAAGGGAGCAUAAUUGGGGAAUUGCUUAUAUUAGAUUGGCCUGUACCCAUUUCUGUUGUGAUAAUUUCUUGGUUUAUGAUUGAUGUGAGAAGGCCCAACUUGCAGAGGUGCCACUCCCAGGGGUUUGAAUUUAUUUCUUCUAAAAAGCAAGGUAAACAAACCACAGAACAGCAUGGUCUUUUGCUUCAGUUCCUGCUUUCAAGUUCUUUUUUCUGAUUUCUUUCAGUGAUUAGAAUGUAUAAAUAACUGUGCUGUCAGGGCUGCAUUUGGUCAAAGUCUUAUCACAGCCAGAGAAAGCAAACUAGGACACAACUUGGUUCCAGAUGGGGAAUAUUUCCUGUUGCUUCAAAGCCCAAUGGGUUGGCUGUUUGUGGAAGAUGAGAGAGCAGGCCAGUUAACUGUUCCUCUGUGGUCUCUGAUUCUUUGCCCUGGCUUCUUUUGAUGAUGGUCUGUGAUUGGAGUAUGUAAAUGAAAUAAAUCCUUUGUGCUCCAUCUUGCUUUUGGUCAUGAUGUUUUAUCAUACCAAUAAAAAGCAAACAUGC